GCCAUGGAGGGCAGAGGAGGACUGUCGGAUGAGGCUGUGUCUGCUGCCUGCAAAGAAGGAGAUCCCAUCACCAAGGACUACAUGAUGCAGCAGACGAUGCUGAGGGUCAAAGAUCCAGAAAAAUCUCUGGACUUCUACACUCGGAUCCUGGGCAUGACCUUGCUCCAGAAAAUUGACUUCCCCUCGAUGCGUUUCACCCUCUACUUCCUGGGUUACGAAGACAAGUCGGACAUCCCGGCUGACAUCAGAGAGAGGACGGCGUGGACCUUCUCUCGCCGAGCCACCAUAGAGCUUACACAUAACUGGGGUUCAGAGUCAGAUGAAACUCUGUCAUACCACAAUGGGAACAACGAGCCGAGAGGAUUUGGUCAUAUUGGCGUUGCUGUUCCAGAUGUUUAUGCUGCCUGCAAAGUGUUUGAAGAGCAAGGAGUGAAGUUUGUCAAGAAACCAGAAUCAGGUAAAAUGAAGGAUCUCGCCUUCAUUCAGGAUCCUGACGGCUACUGGAUUGAGAUUUUAAGUCCUAACAACAUGGUCUCAUUAAUGGCACCUUAAAGCAGAGACACACGGGGGGGAAUAACCAGGGCAUUAUGGUUUGAGAUCACUGCUGAGACAAAACAGGACUUUUAUUUUCUACACAACAAACCUUUGGUUUUUACAUAAACUCCAUUCUUUGCAAGUGGCAACCUCCACGUUGAUAAAUGAAGCUAAUGUGAAUAGGGCUACAACUAAAGAUUAUUUUUAAACCAAUUAAUCGGUCAAUUAUUUUUUGAUUAAUCAAUGAAUUGGA